AUGCCCCAGUCCCCUUCACCUCGUCUCCGCCACUACAGGACUAUGACGGCAAUAUGUUUCGUUUGCAAUUUGCCGAUACUGUCACAUCAAGUGGGGUUGGUGUGGGCGGGGGGGAAUGGCUGGGACGAAUUGACGAGGUCGACACUCGAGGAAAACACCUUGAGACAGCGGCUCGGCAGCAGACGAGACUCGGCUGCUCAGGUGUCUUGCCUCUCUCCACCAGAACCCGACCCAAGCGAACAAAGAGGGGCUCCUCGCCGGCGCCGCUCGUCUUUGGCUCAGCUGACAGACAUCCUGCGCGAGUGGGGGGGCGGUGGCAGCAGUGCGCCACGCCGCCAGCGCGCUCCGCUCUCUCGCCGCGAGACCCUCGCAGACCUGGCCCGAUCAUUGCCCUGGGCGCGUCACGACACCGCUCCACGAAGACGCCGCGACUCCUCCGCUGACUCCGGCAUUAAAUCAAUGGCCUCCAAGCGACGCGACUCCAAAGCCGCUCCUCAAGAUUUCCGCGCAGAUUUUCCCAAUUACUGGGAUCGGCGAGACUCAACCACCGUUAUGACAGCAAAAGAACGGCGCGUUAAAAGGCGUGCCUCCAGAGAAGACACUAAAGACCGUAGAGAUUCAGUUGACGGACACCGUCAUCGACGCGAUUCAGUCGCAACACCGGCCCCGAGGAUAGUCGGAACGCAAAGGAAACGUCGCGCUUCUCCACCAGCGCCUGCUGCACCAUCAUUUGUUGAUGCAUCUUCAGAUCCUGGACCUUCGACACACGCACCAUCGGUGACUAUAGUGACAGUACAUGAACCAAGUCGUUCGGAUGGUGAAUGUCAGCCAAUGACGAUGCCUACCAUCAUAACAUCUGCAGUCACACCUUCACCGACGUCUCCAACAAUACCGGAUACAAUAACUAGUAGUGGGGGAACUCAAACUGCUCAAGCAUGCCAAGCGUCUCCGGCCACACAAGGUACCCAAGCUACUCCAAGUGGUCGAACACCUCCUAAUUUAGGUGGUCGUCGAGAUUCAACAACGCAGUGUGGCCGAACAAGACGAGAUUCUCGAGCCGCUGCAAGUCCUGAAAGGCGAUUAGGCCGGUUGCAGCGACAGGCUACCGCUUACGAUGAUCCAAAUGGUCCUCCAGGAACGCGACGCAGAGAUUCUGGACCUUCCUUAGGCCCCGAUGAUGAGGGACGAGCGAGGAGGGAUUCUCUGAGCCCUGACUCUGCAGCACGACCAAGAAGAGAUCGGUCACAGUUAAGCCCCGAUAGAGCUGGUGGUGGUGAGCUAAGUCCUUCAGCUGCUAGACGGAGGAGUAGACUGAGGAGACAGGCAUCAUGUGCGAGAAUGGGCCGUGCUCGCAGUCCGGAAUCAAGUUCCUGUUCAAGCCGAGAUCCCAGCCCGUGUGCUCGACCACCGGAGAGAACAAUGAUACGACGACAAUCUACAACAGAAGAAAUUCUGAUAGCACGAGGCUUUCGCAGGCAAUCCACCACCGAAGAAAUGAUACGCUGCCGGAACUUCAGGCGGCAAAGCUCGCAAAGUGAUGACGCGUGCAUGCGUGCGCGCGGACGUCGAGAUUCCUCAACUCAAAUCCUAGAUGGUACUAUUGGUACCAUGACUGUCGAGACUACGAGCACAUUUUUCGAUUCAAGCACACAGACAGAACCAUCUCCGUUGUACGAUAACAACCACUACCACGAGGAAUGUCUCCGCUGCAACUCCUGCGGGUUGAACCUCACUGGACCCAACCAGAAACGUGCCCGGCGCUUCAAGAACCAAAUCCUGUGCGACUUGCACUUUGCGGACGUGGCGCUGAUGGAGUGCAGCGACUUCAUGCAGCAACUGCGCAGCUUCAAACCGCAGUCCCUCGGCUGCGCAGUCGCCAGGCGCAAGUCUUCCACAACGCUCAUCUUCCCGCUGCCACCGCAAGCUUGUUCAGACGAGUUCUGCGAGGAGUAUCCUCACAACCUGAUCCCGACGCCCGGCUACUGGAUAGAGUGCUCGCGGCAGAAGAUCACCACCGACACCAUCUGGGACGAAUCCGAGUCCGAACACGACAGCGGGCCCGACCGGGACAACGCCGAUAAUGAACGCAACAAGUCAGGAUCGUUGGAUGAAGCCGAAGAAGACAGCAGUGACAACGGCGGUAGCACUCCCAAGAAGAAAACGGUCAUUGAAGAACAAUGGGAGAGGUCAGGCGGCUUCGAACUCACGUCUGUGGAACAAGAGACUUAUGAGAAGUACUUCUAUGGCACUGAACAUUGGAACUACUUUACCAACGACGAAGACCUUGGCCCUGUUAUCCUGUCGAUAAAACAGGAAACGCUCAACGGUAGAGAUCAGUUUAGAAUCCUCGUUCGAGCGAUCAGCUAUACAGUGCACGGUCUGAUCCCAGCAUCAUGCGUGUUUGCGGACAGAUACAACCGGGAGGAAGUGGUCAGGUCCCUCGGGAAAGAGGUCAACAUCAACCCUCCUCUCAUGUUAGGUCAACUGCCCGACACUCCCGAGGAACUGCUCAAGUUGGAUCAGGUAUUCAUAAAAUCAGAACUCAAAGUCGGUGUGAUAUACGUUAAAGAGAACCAAUAUACUGAAGAAGAGAUUCUGGACAAUAACGAAAAUUCACCGCUAUUUGAAGAGUUCCUGCAAGUUAUGGGAGACAAAGUUCGACUGAAAGGGUUCGACAAAUACAAAGGUGGGCUGGAUACGGUGCACGACCUCACUGGUCUUUACUCCGUCUACACAAACUGGCGCGGUAUUGAAAUAAUGUUUCAUGUAUCAACACUGCUGCCGUAUGAGAGACACGAUCCGCAGAAAUUACAAAGAAAAAGACACAUAGGCAACGAUAUUGUGUGUGUCGUGUUCUUAGAAGCAGACAACACCGCUUUUUCACCAGCUUGCAUCAAAAGCCAUUUCUUACACACGUUCAUUUUAGUAAGAGUAUCAGCAAAAAUCAAACGGCGUCCAACACGUUAUGAAGUGUCAGUGGUGACGCGAGAUGAAGUGGGUGCCUACAAGCCCUACCUCUGGGAGCAGAGUGUCUUCGACAAAGGACCUAUGUUUAGAGAAUGGCUGUUAACGAAAAUAGUAAAUGGGGAACGAGCUUCAUAUUCAGCGCCGAAAUUCGCGAGAAUGCAAGAAAGAACUCGAAGUCAAAUGCUAGAGGAUAUAGUAGCGAAUCUGCAGAAUCAUGCUGAGACCGGACAAAUACCCAAGCCUUACAGAAGAGGAUCAUGGCGACCAAUCGGCCACAUGCGCCCAUCAUCUCCACUUCUGGACUCGGUGAGAGACCAGUUUGAAGAUUACGAUCAGCUAGCCAAGGACUUCACCCGAGUGUUCCUAAACAGUGAACUGAAUUGCGCCCAGAACGCCCAGCUGUUUGACGUCGUCUUCAUGGUGGGACAGUCCAAACAGAAGACCAAGUUUAUUGGAGUCCGAGCGAUAUUGGGAGUCAGGAGCAGAGUAUUCCAAGAAAUGCUGUACGGAAUCCAGACGGGUUUCGGAUCACCUCAAGUACCAGUAGCGGAGUUGUUAGCGCGACCAGCACCAACUUUACUCUCUCCCACACCAAAACAGAAGAGCAGUAACUUCCUACAAGUGCCGGAUAUCGAAUCUCCAAGGCCAAAAAGUGUUCCGAGCUCUCCAAUGGUGAAGCGUGCAUUCUCCCGAUUAGGCACGAUCACCGCUGGUUGGGGACGGUCCAUUCGAAAGCAACACUCGCAACUGAAUGCUGAAGACAAGAAGAAGUGGGCGAGUUCACAGGACUGUUCUAAUAAAGAAGGUAAAGACAAGGAUAAAGACAAGAAUCAAGCUUUAGCAGUACCAAGGCUCUCGGUUUGCGCUGAUGCACAAAAAGUCGACAGAGCCAAACUUGCACAAACUGAGUUCUCGAUAAUCGAGUUUGAUCCGGAUACGUUCCGGAUUCUCCUGGACUACCUUCACACCGGCAGUUGUCCGUUGACAUGCGCCUCCAUCCCCGGCCUGAUCUGCGCAGCUGAGCACUAUGACUUACCAGAACUACUGCAAGCCUGCUUCCAUCACGCCAAACAGUUCCUUAGGAUAGAUGUCGUGUGCACGAUGCUGAUAUCUUUAGAAAACUAUUACUGGAGAUAUACUUCAGCGUCAGAGCUGGUGAAUAUGAUCCUUGCCUUCACCGAGCAACGGGCGUACGCUCUCUUCCAGACGCCGGAAUUCCUCAACCUGUCUGAGUCCGUGGUGCAGAUGAUCAUGUGCCGGAACCUUGAAGUACCAGAAGUAAGAAAAUUCGAGGCCAUGCUCAGCUGGGCUAAAAACAAAAUCAAAGCCAAGUCCGCCAAUAAGACUGAUGCCAAAAAUGAAUUUAAAUGCAUUAUGGAGAGGCUAGCUAGGGAUCUGAAACUUUAUAGGAUCUCACCCCAGGAAUUGAUCAAAGUGGUUCUCCCGUCGAAGGCAAUCAAGAAUGAACGUAUACUGGAGACACUGAUGUACCAGGCUAACUCAGGAAUGUACAGGAUUCAAGACAGUUACAUAGAAGCGUGCCAACAACGUCUGCAGAAACAGGACUCGAGAUUUUCCGAAUUCGAGAGCUUCGACUACGGUAUAUAAAUUUGAGAGCUGUGAGGAGAUCAGUGUAUUAGAUAGAUAUGAAGAGUGAAUGGGCUGGGUGGGUCCCUCCUAUAUUGUGGUAUGUUGACGCCUUCUAAAAGUAUUAUUGUUAUAAAUGUACUCAAGUAGGGACGGGAAGCAUGUGUACACUUCUCGGACACCUAAACCCUUGUUGUUGUUCAUUGAUACCUAUAUUUUUUACAUCUAGCUAGACGUGUUCAGCGUAAUCAUCUCUAUUUUUGGUACCAAAUUAGAUAAAUGUAUCUUAUUCAGAUGAAUAAUCAAAACUGGUACAAAUUGAUAUUUUUUUAUUUAUUUGUCGUACAGAAAGUAUCUAAGAUACGUAUAUAAAUAUGUUAUAGUCAAAGCCCGAAGCUCCGUCGCCUCUUCCUAGGUUUGACUAAUCAAUGCCCAGGUCUGGUCACAAGUCAGCCAAAGUUAAAACUUACUCCGCCAUAUUAGGAAAUAAAGACAAAAGAUAAUACCAGGUUUAAAAUACAGUCCGCGCCUCAAAAGAAUUCCACGGAUUUUAAUGGAACUAGGUAAUUUGCGGGGUUUGCCGAAAAGCGUCAGUCAAACCUGAGAGGCUUCCUUUGGCUAUAAUAAUAAUUUUGCAAAUAUAUAAA